AUGAAGACAACGGAAAUAAAGGAACCCUUUCGGAUGGAGGACUUCCUGCGGCCGCAGUUAUUCCAGAAGCUGGCUCGGAUGGUUCAUUUCCAGUGGCUAAGAAACCCGGAGGACAACAGCAUGGUGAACGCCUCCAUGGGGCCCUUUUGGCUGUCGGCCAUCCUCAACAUCUUCUUCUUUUCUUUCAAUGGUUGGGAUAUCAUAGGUCAUCUCUGGCUGGGACGACCUACCAAUCAGAAUCCUCCGGUAUUUAGCAUCACCAUUUACUUCUCCAUCAGGGGACUUAUGCUAUUCCUGAAACGAAACAAAAUUGUGGAGUUUGUAAAUGACUUGGACAGGGAGUGUCCAAGGGACUUAGCCAGCCAAUUGGACAUGCAAAUGGAUCGGACAUACAGUUACUUUUGGAAGCGCUAUCGCUUUGUCCAGAUCUACGCCCAUGUGGGUGGUUUGGCGUUCAUUUUGAUGCCGAUGGCUCUAUUUCUCUUGACCCAUGAGGGGAAGGGAUCACCUGUCGCCCAGCACGAACAAAUUCUUGGAGGUUGGCUGCCAUUAGGACUGCGAAAGGACCCCAAGUUCUAUUUAUUGGUUUGGGUUUUCGACUUAUCUUGUACUACUUGCGGCGUAUCCUUUUUUAUCACCUUUGACAAUCUGUUCAAUGUAAUGCAGGGACACUUGAUCAUGCACCUGAACCACCUUGCCCGUCAGUUUUCGGCCCUUGAUCCCCGCCAGAGUUUGACCAACGAGGAGCAGUUCUUUUCGGAUCUCAGAUUGUUAGUUCAAAGACAACAGCUCCUUAAUGACUUGUGCGGCAGGUACAACGAAAUCUUCAAGGUGGCUUUCCUGGUUAGCAACUUUGUGGGCGCCGGUUCCCUCUGCUUCUACCUUUUCAUGCUGUCGGAGACAUCCGAUUUGGUGAUCAUAGCCCAAUUUAUAAUACCCACUUUGGUCCUCGUGGUCUUCACCUUUGAGAUCUGCCUACGUGGCACGCAACUGGAGGAGGCGUCGGAGGGACUGGAAUCGUCGCUCUGUCUCCAGGAAUGGUAUUUGGGAAGCCAGCGGUACCGGAAGUUCUAUCUACUCUGGAUGCAAUAUAGCCAGCGGACACAAAAACUGUCCGCAUUUGGCCUCAUCGAAGUGAACAUGGUGCACUUCACAGAAAUUAUGCAGCUGGCCUACAGACUUUUCACGUUCCUUAAAUCUCAUUAG